CUUUGUGUGGGCACCAGUCGCCGGGCGAGCUCCCGAGGAGCAGCCGCCGCCAUUUUGUGCGUGCCCGAGCCCGGCCCCGUCCCUCGGUCCCCCCCUCCCCCUUUCCCCUUCUUCCCCCCCUCAGGCGCUGCGGGAGCGGCCGGGCCGCGUGAGGUGAGGCGAGGCGCGGGGGAGGCAGCGCUCGGCGGGCGCCGCAGCCCUGAAGCGGCGCCGCGCGGGGGAAGAGGCGGCAAGACGGAGGCGGGGGGGAGAAGAGCGGCGGCGGCGCUGCCCCCCGGCGGGAGGAGGAGCCUCGGAGCCAGGCCCCGGCGAGGCCCCGGCCCCGCUCCCGGCGGCGGCAGCAGCAGCAGCCACCACCGGCACCGCUACCAGCAUGGAGAACUCGCAGCUGUGCAAGCUGUUCAUCGGCGGCCUCAACGUGCAGACCACGGAGGCCGGGCUGCGGGAGCACUUCGCGGCCUACGGCACCCUGACCGACUGCGUGGUGGUGCUCAACCCGCAGACCAAGCGCUCCCGCUGCUUCGGCUUCGUCACCUACUCGGCGGUGGAGGAGGCCGACGCCGCCAUGGCCGCGUCCCCUCACGCCGUGGACGGCAACGCGGUGGAGCUGAAGCGGGCCGUGUCGCGGGAGGACUCGGCCAAGCCCGGGGCUCACGCCAAGGUGAAGAAGCUGUUCGUGGGCGGCCUCAAAGGGGACGUGGCCGAGGGGGACCUGGUGCAGCACUUCAGCCAGUUCGGCCCGGUGGAGAAGGCGGAGAUCAUCGCCGACAAGCAGAGCGGCAAGAAGCGCGGCUUCGGCUUCGUCUACUUCCAGAACCACGACGCGGCCGACAAGGCGGCCGUGGUUAAGUUCCACCCCAUCCAGGGCCACCGCGUGGAAGUGAAGAAAGCCGUGCCCAAGGAGGACAUCCAGGCGGGCGGGGGGGGCGGCGGCGCGGGGAGGCCCUCGCGGGGAGGCCGAGGAGGAGGAGGAGGCCGGGGCCGGGGCGGCGGCGGAGCCGGCAACCGGGACCACAACGGGCUGGCCAAGGGAGGCGGCGGCUACAACAGCUACGGCGGCUACGGCGGGGGAGGAGGAGGAGGAGGAGGAGGCGGUGGGUACGGCUCCUACGGCGGCGGCGGCGGCUCCUACGGAGGAGGAGGAGGCGGCGGAGGAGGCGACUACGGCAACGGGUACGGCGGGUUCGGCAGCUACAGCCAGCACCAGUCCUCCUACGGGCCCAUGAAGAGCGGCGGAGGAGGAGGAGGAGGGGGCGGCAACUGGGGGGGCCGCAGUAACAGUGGACCGUACAGAGGAGGCUACGGCGGGGGAGGCUACGGGGGCGGCUCCUUCUGAGCUGGAGUGCCCGUAGCCGCCGGGGGGUGCGGCGUGGAGAGCCCUCCCUCCGGCACGGGGCAGCUUGGAAAUGGUUUCUCCCCUUGCCCGCCGAAGGGCAGCUCCUUUUAAAUGCCUCCCCGCUGGGGGAGCAGCUCCUAAAUGCCCCCUGGGGGUCGCCUCUGCUGCCCGUGCCACUUCUUUUCUCUCGGAAGAUGGACUGGGCCCCACACACACAUACUUUGUGUUACAGUCAUUGAUGGACUCUAUUUUUUUAUUAUUACUUGGACCUUGGUCGUUUUUAUACUAGCAACGAAAAAUGUCUUGUUUUAAUUUGUUUUUUGGUUUUUUUUUUGGGGGGGUGGGGUACGGGGUGGGAAGCAUCUUGCUGAUCUGGAGUAAAACCUGGGGAGGGUUACGGGGGAAUUUUCUUUGUUGUAAGGACUCGAUACCUGGCUACUACAUUUUUUUCUACAAAACCUACUCGGAUCCCAUGACUGAAAUUAACAUUUCUGUAAAGGAGGAAAAAAAAAUCGUUUUUACGUUUUUUAUUUUUUAAAUAAAUCAUUGUGUUCAUUGACCUUUACAUGUCUAAUUUUUUUUCCUAGGAUCCAUUCCGUACGGUUUAAGGCUUUUCUAGGUUUGAAGCAAGUGUUCCUCUGCUUUAAAGUCUCUGUGUAUUCAGAGUAAAUGUUUUAUUGCCAGUAAAGGUCCUGAUCGACUUUUUUGCUACCCCCAGCGGAUUUAUUGGUUUUCAAACACUCGACAGAGAAAUUUUUGAAGUACUAAUCCGUGGAUGUGGUCUGUUUUUUAAUUACUCGUUCUCACGCAGUUUGUGUGCAUCCACCAUCUUGUACUAGGCAGUUUGACGUGCUGACAUGGUUGGUCAAUUUUUUCUAUAGGACUUCUCCAUCAACGUAUGUACUGUGUAGUUUUGAAGAAAUAGUUUGUGUUAAGCAUGUGCUUCAUUCAUAUAAAAUGUUCAGAAUUUCCGAUUGCUUAGUUUCAAGUCCUCUUAUUGGUUUGUCUGUGUACGAUUCCUUACAGGAAAGGGUCGAUAUUGAUCCCUUCUAUUAAAUGCAUUCUUGUUUUCAUAGUACCGGGUUAACAGACUUUUUCAUUCUCAACUAUUGUCCUACGUUAAAGUUCCCCGAGAAUCUCUUGCAGCACCAUCUACCGGCAGGAUGGCAGACCCGCUGCUGCAGGCUUCGUUACGGCAGGAGUAAAAUCGGUUUGCUGACAAUUGUACUAGAUACUCGAAAGUUAUUUUAUGCCAUUAGAUGACUGGUGUAGACUGAAACGAAAUCUGCAUGCGAAUAAAGAUGGGCUCCAUGAGUAUCAACUGAAAAAAAAAAAUUUGAAGUACCUGCCUCAGCACAUUAUCGUUAUUCUUAAAAUAAUUGCAAUUGCCCAUAUAUUUCAGAAAGUGAUCAUCGAAGCUGUUUGGGCAAAGUGCUAUGACAAAUGAGCCAGCUAAGUGUACCAGUAACAUAGGUGCCAGUUGUAAAGCAAAAAUAUUUGUGUAGUCUGCUUGAUUUAACAACUGUAUAUUUGUAGCCCUUUUCACGCAAUAGAAUUAAAGUUUGUUGUUUAUUAAAAAGCAUAAUGUUUUAGGGGAAAACUGCCUUCCUGCAUAGAAAUAUAGAAUAGCAACGUUUAUGGGUUUAUGGAUAUCAAAUAAAGAAUUGAAUUCCUUA